UACCAUCUCCUUCCUUUACGUUUUAGCCUUUUGAAAAUAGUUAAUUAAAUUAGUAUUUUAUUUCCAUUCACAGAAAAAACAAAAAAAUUAUUAAUUUAAAAAAAUCGAGUGCUUACUUUGUUCAAUUGUUCUCCAGAACCUACUGGAAAUCACAUCUUUUGAAUUUAGGGUAAAAAAAAGAGAGCUGGCUUUGUUAACUGGUGAAUAGCUUUUACUUUGGAUUUCGUAGCCUUCGUUUUACGGUGAAGUUUUACGUUUAUUGCGGGAAAAAGAAAUUUGUUUUUUCAUUGGAGUAGUUGAUCUUCAGAUUUGGCUUUUCUUGUAGAUGUGUAUUUCUGUUUGGUUGCUGAGAAAGUGCAGGAAAUGAAACGGAAUUUUAUAUUUUUUUAAACUAAAAGCUAAGAAAGCUAAACCGGACAUCAUUCUCUGCUAUAAACAUGACAGCGGAUCAAAAGGUUGAAUUUGUGUUUAGUGGUGGCUAAGGAUCUUUGAGGAAUGACUGACUUGUGCAUGUUUGAGCUUGUAGAUAAUGUUUGGGAUGAAUUUGGUGCUAGUAAUGAUCAUAUAGUGCCUCAUACUGUUGAUGAAUAUGGAUCUCAGUUCGAAGUUCAAGGUGAUAGUCGAAAGAAACCACGACAUGAAGUGAUUGAAGUUAGUAGGAGUUCUGAGGAUAUGACUAAAUAUAGUAUUGUGGGGGAGAAGGAAAAAGGCAUGCAUACUUUGACCAAAAACAGAAUGUUAGAGAAGGGCCUGUGGUCUCACAGUCCUGAUGGUAUGUUUCCCACUGCCGGUGAUAAUGAAUCAAUCAAAGAAGUAACAAGCUUGGCUUCUGAUGAUCCAAGGUUGUCCAACUAUGGUCUAAAAACUGUCAAUAUAGAUUCAGUGGGGAGUGAGUUUUAUUCUGAUGAUUCUAUCUUGGUUGAUAAGUGUGAUACAGAGGACAAUAAUGUUUACCGUUUUCCACUAAAUCACAUAUCCAAAGCUGAUGAUGAUCUCAGCUUUUUUAAUAAUAAGAAUGAAGACAAAGAAAACAGUGAUCUUUUAUAUUAUGGCUGGGGAGACAUCGGCAAUUUUGAGGAUGUUGACAGGAUGUUCAGGAGUUGUGAUUCAACAUUUGGGUUAGGGAGUCUCAGUAAUGAAGAUGAUUUGUGCUGGUUUUCGUCUUCACAAGUGACUGAAAGUUGUCAGGAUGCAUUGAAGGCAGAUACUAAACUUAAUAAUCUAUUAGAGCAUUGUGCAAGUUCAAGACCAGACAGUGCAGCUUCUGCAACAAUUGGUUCCAGCAAGAAAAGUGUAUGUCUAAGUGACGGAAUAAGUUCCCUUAAUGUGAAAGGUGAUAAUGCUGGUGUAGCUCACAUGUCCUAUUUAAAUGUAUUCAAUGAAGAACCUGAAACUAAGGAUGAGUUGACACCCAAUGAGCAGCAGAUCAGUCCAAAAAAGCAGUCAAAGCAACUGAGUGCAUCAGGAGAGAGAAAAGAUCAACAUCUGGAAAAUGGUGGUUCCUUUAACCAAUAUGGUAAUAUCAAGCACUCUGCAGAUGUGAAGCACACCUUUACUGAUUCAUCUUGUCAAUUCUUUUCCCCAUCAGACCUUCAGCAGCACAAACAAAACAUUGGACCUGAUUCUGUGAGUUGCGUACAGACAAACAUUCCUUAUAUGCAUCUCAACUAUAGCAGUCCUUUGGAUCAACUUUUAGGUUGUCGAACUUUUUCCAGUAUCAAAUCUGAAAAUAAUGGUUACCCUUCAUCGACAAACGAGUCAUCUUAUGCUUCAGAUCAGGUGCAGUCUAUUGAAAGCUCUAGUGGGCCUUCAUUUGGGGGUCCUGCCAUUAUAAUGAAUGAGAAGAGAGAAGAACUACAUUACCAACAAGAUAAACAAGCCCCACUGAAAAAGAAUGUCAAACAUGCAAAAGUGGGUAGUAAGAUGGCAUUUUAUGAUCCAGUUACUGUUCAAAAGCAGGUCCGUCAAUCUGAACAAGAUGAAGGUCAUAGUGAAGUUGAAGGAGUUAGUGUAGGGAAGCUGACACAAUUAGAUUCUUCAAAUGAUCAGCUAAGCUCUUAUAUGAGCUCUGUGUUGGAUGAAGUCUCACUAGAAGCAUCUAGUUUUUGGCAGCUUCAACAAGUCAUGGAAAAGUUGGAUAUCCGGACAAAAUUGUGCAUACGGGAUAGUUUGUAUCGUUUGGCUAGGAGUGCUGAACAAAGGCAUAAUUGCACAAAUACGAAAGGUGGCAUCAAAGAGGAAAAAGAUGAAGCUGGUUCAUUUGUGGCCAAUGAAACAAACAAGUGCACGCGAUUUAUGGAUAUGGAAACUGGCACAAACACUAUAGAUAGAUCCAUAGCACACUUGUUAUUUCACAGGCCUUCAGGUCCAUCUCUAAACCAUACUACCGAUAAUGCGUUUAAGCCUCACGGCUUGCAGAUUCAUGGCUCCAUCAUGUGAUAUGCUACGCAUCGUGGACAACAACAAAAGCAGGUAACCACGAAUUUGUUAACAUCAGUGUUAACUCCUUUUAGAGUGUAUAGUUUUUUUUUUUUUUUUUUAAUUUAUGGUGGUGUAAAAUGGUCUUCGUAUUGCCUUCAACAUAAAAUGCAGUUUGGUUUAACAUGGAUGUAGUUUGUGGUGUUGUAAAUGGUUGUAAAUGGUAAUGGUUUGUGACCCUUUUUAUCCGUCACUAAUGCGUCAGUUUGCUUUUCUCAAACUAUUCAGCGUGCUUGCCACCAAUUCACUGGACUCUCUUUUUAUAUCUGAUGAUGACAAUGAAAUCUUUUUCAUGCUAUCA